GACGAGUUAUAACGCUGUUUGUUCGACGUUGAUAAAAAAGAAACAUGCGUUUCAUAAUCCAAAUGUGUUGCUUAUUAUGUCUACUAAAACGUUCUGUGUGGUCAAAGAAUGUCAUGCCUACUUUCUUACAACCUAUUCAACAUAAAAUUCGUUUUACCAAUUUUGAAAUGAUCGUCAACCAGUCUAUUGGAGAAGUAAAAGAAGCUGCUAUCAAGCAGUAUUAUGAUACACAGAUAUGGGAUCUGGACUACUUAAUCUAUAAGAAAGUAGUGGCACACCGCAUGAAUUUGGAGCUGAAUAAAUGUAAAGAGCAUUUCAUAGAUUGCGUUAAUAUUAGAACAUUUGAUUAUAUUAUUUUGUGUGACAACGAAAAUACUGUUAUGAAAUUUAUUAAAGCAGAUUACAUUAGCCGAGAAAUGACCUGUGAUAUCCAAAAAAAUGGUGGGAAUUAA